AUGGCGGAGGUCGGGGGGGUCUUCGCCUCCUUGGACUGGGAUCUGCACGGCUUCUCCUCGUCUCUGGGAAACGUGCCUCUAGCUGAUUCCCCAGGUUUCCUGAACGAGCGUCUGGGCCAGAUUGAGGGCAAGCUGCAGCGCGGCUCGCCCACCGACUUCGCCCACCUGAAGGGGAUCCUGCGACGCCGCCAGCUGUACUGCCGCACCGGCUUCCACUUGGAGAUCUUCCCCAACGGCACGGUGCACGGCACCCGCCACGACCACAGCCGCUUCGGAAUUCUGGAGUUUAUCAGCCUGGCUGUAGGGCUGAUCAGCAUCCGGGGAGUGGACUCUGGCCUGUAUUUAGGAAUGAACGAGCGAGGAGAACUCUAUGGGUCGAAGAAACUCACACGUGAAUGUGUUUUCCGGGAACAGUUUGAAGAAAACUGGUACAACACCUAUGCCUCCACCUUGUACAAACACUCGGACUCGGAGAGACAGUAUUAUGUGGCCCUGAAUAAAGACGGCUCACCCCGGGAGGGAUACAGGACUAAACGACACCAGAAAUUCACCCACUUUUUACCCAGGCCAGUAGAUCCUUCUAAGUUGCCCACCAUGUCCAGAGACCUCUUCCGCUAUAGGUAACGGACCCCUAGUGUGACCUCUGUGACCCUUAUACUCUGCGGCCACAGUUGUCUCUGGAAGCACUAUACUCAUAGCUUUUCAAUCCUCUUUCCUAUCAAUUUAGAUAACAAAG